AUGGGAUAUACAACAGCAUUCGCGAUUAGAAUUAAAAUUCUUCAAGAAAUAUGGGAACAAGGCUUAGAAUGGGAUGAGGAAUUCGGAGAUAUUUUAAGACUGAAAUGGGAAAAAUGGUAUAAGGAAGUAAAUGUAUUAAAGGAACUUUCACUACCAAGAUAUUAUUUUCAUGAAGAAGAUAGCUGUUCCGAAGUAGGGAAUUAUAAGAUAAUUAUAUUUUGCGACGCAAAUCCUACUAAUUGGAAGUACAUAAAGGUAAAUGAUAAUCCAGCUGAUAUCAUAUCAAGAGGAUGCAGUGCUAAUGAUUUACUCUCAAGUGCAAUUAUUAUUAAUGGACCAACAUGGUUGACAUUAAGCGAAGAAAAAUGGCUGAAAAAUGAAGAAAAUUUUAAAAGAGCAGAUGUAGAUGAAGAAAAGAGAUCGAAAUUUAUUGCAGUUAAUUAUGCAAGUGAAAAUAAUGUUCACAAUUCAAAUUUCGAUAUCCAAAAAUUUUGUUCUGUUAAGAAGAUUUUCCGAAUAACAGCCUGGAUUAGAAGAUUUAGGGGCCGUUCAAAAAAAGAAUUAGAAGAAGCUGAAAACCUUUUGUUGAGACACGUACAAGCAAAGAACUACAGUAAGGAUAUAGAUUGCUUAAAGGAAGGACAACAUUUACAGAAGUGCUCAAAAAUCAGAGACUUAAAUCCGUUCAUUUCUGACAAAGGGAUUAUACUUGUGGGUGGAAGACUACAGCACUCCAAUUUGAACUAUUAUGAAAAACAUCCUAUACUAUUACCAUCAAAAACAAAAUUUACAGAACUGAUAGUGAAAGAAGCACACGAAAAGACCCUACACUCUGGUGUUUCAAACACAUUAACACAGGUACGAGAGAAAUUUUUGAUUCCGAAAGGUAGGCAAUUUAUUAAGUCAGUAAUUGGAAGCUGCGUCUUAUGUAAAAGAUUCAAUGUUCGAUCAGGAAGUGAAAUUAUGGCACCUCUUCCUAAAGACAGAAUAGAACAGUCACCUCCAUUUUCAGUUACUGGCCUGGAUUUUGCUGAACCCUUAUUUGUGAAAGAUUCUGAUA